UGGCCCCUAGUGUGACCGGGUUCCGGCCGGUGGUGCCGAACCGGCUGCCAGGAUACGUGUAACGGACGGUGGGCCGCAGCCAUGGCCGAGAGGAAACCUAACGGUAGCGGCGGCACCGCCUCCACCUCCUCGUCGGGCACUAACUUACUCUUCUCCUCCUCGGCCACGGAAUUCAGCUUCAACGUGCCCUUCAUCCCGGUCACCCAAGCCGCCGCUGCCUCGGCCUCCUUGCUCCUGCCUGGAGAGGAUUCCACCGACGUUGGUGAGGAGGACAGCUUCCUCGGUCAGACUUCCGCUCCCACGUCCACCCCACAGACAUUUAGUUACUUCUCUCAGGUAUCAAGCAGUAGUGACCCUUUUGGGAACAUUGGACAGUCCCCGUUAACAGCUGUGGCAGCAUCGGCUGGAUACUCGGGAUACCCCAGGCCCCCCGCUGCUCUCCCCUUCACAACCGGACCCCAGGAUGGGUCGAAUGCGUGUUCACCGGCCAUUUCCAAGGCUCACUAUGGUGCUCCGCCUUCUGCACAGAUGGGAAUGAAUACUUACCUGCCUUCUCAGCCAAGUAGUCUCCCUCCUUCCAAUUUUGGGAGCCCACCGCAAGGAACGCCCCAACAAGGACACAAUCCAUAUCGUCACACCCCUGUAAGCAGCAGGGCCAAUCCUUACAUUGCACCCCCACAGCUGCAGCAGUGCCAAACACCAGGCCCUCCCGCCCAUCCUCCACCCGCGGGACCCCCUGUGCAGAUGUACCAGACGCCUGCAGGACCUUUGCCGCCGAUUCCUCCUUCAGUGCCGUCAGGGUUGACCCCUCCAACACAGCAGCUGGGUCUUGCUAGACCUGCAGGCCCCUCUGUGCAAGCGUCCCCUCCUUUUCUACUUCAGAACCAGUAUGAGCCUGUGCAACCCCACUGGUUUUACUGCAAGGAGGUUGAACACAAGCAACUGUGGAUGCCUUUCAGCGUGUUUGACUCUUUGAAUCUUGAAGAAAUCUAUAAUUCAGUCCAGCCGGACCCUGAGAGCGUGGUUCUGGGCACGGAUGGAGGGCGCUACGACGUUCAUCUCUACGACCGAAUGAGGAAGGCUGUGUACUGGGAGGAGGAGCCGGCCGAGGUCCGACGCUGCACGUGGUUUUACAAAGGGGACACAGACAGCAGGUUUAUCCCCUACACGGAGGAGUUCAGCGAAAAACUAGAGGCUGAAUAUAAAAAAGCAGUAACCACCAAUCAGUGGCACCGCAGAUUAGAGUUCCCGAGCGGAGAGACCAUCGUUAUGCACAAUCCAAAGGUUAUUGUUCAGUUCCAGCCUUCAUCAGUGCCAGAUGAAUGGGGAACCACACAAGAUGGACAGACGAGGCCCAGGGUUGUAAAGCGUGGAAUUGACGAUAACCUUGAUGAAAUUCCUGAUGGGGAAAUGCCUCAGGUUGACCAUUUGGUGUUCAUGGUGCACGGCAUUGGACCUGUGUGUGACUUGCGCUUUAGAAGUAUUAUUGAAUGUGUGGAUGAUUUUAGGGUGGUUUCUCUGAAAUUGCUGCAGACACAUUUCAAGAAAUCUUUAGAUGACCGGAAAGUCAGCAGAGUGGAAUUCCUCCCGGUUCAUUGGCACAGUUCCUUGGGCGGGGACGCCACAGGCGUUGACAGGAACAUUAAGAAAAUCACCUUACCAAGUAUUGGUCGGUUUCGUCACUUUACCAACGAAACCCUGCUAGGUAUUUUAUUUUACAAUAGCCCCACCUACUGUCAGACGACUGUGGAAAAAGUCGGCAUGGAGAUAAACCGUCUGCAUGCACUUUUUAUGAGUCGGAAUCCAGACUUCAAAGGAGGAGUCUCUGUUGCUGGUCACAGUUUAGGUUCUUUAAUAUUGUUUGACAUCCUCUCUAAUCAAAAAGAUUUGAAUUUGUCAAAGUCUCCUGGGCCUUUUGCUGUUGCUAAUGGAGUUGUGAAGCAGCCACAUUUUCAGGAAAAGCAGAUGCCUGAAGAGCCAAAGCUGACUUUGGAUGAAUCUUGUGACCUUGAUGUUGAAAAUGAAGAAGUCCUAAGUUUGCAAGAGACUCUGGAAGCACUUAGCCUCUCUGAAUACGUUAGCACUUUUGAGAAGGAAAGGAUUGACAUGGAGUCUCUGCUUAUGUGCACGGUUGAUGACCUGAAGGAGAUGGGCAUACCCCUUGGGCCCAGAAAGAAGAUAGCUAACUUCGUAAAACAGAAAGCCAUUAAACUGGAACAGAAAAAAGCAGCAUCAGAAAAGAAGGCGGUGAUGGCCACUUCGCUGAAAGGGCAAGAGGAGAGUGCUCAGAAAGCUAAAGAAAUGGCUUCUCUCCCCUCAGAAUGUAACGAAUCCAAGAGGAAACUUCCAGUUGGUGCUUAUGUAUCUUCUGUGCAUGUUGAUUAUGAGUCUUUUAAAGUUGGCACUGGACAGGUUUCUGUUGUUUACAACUCAUUAGACUUUGAACCAGAGAUUUUCUUUGCCUUGGGAUCUCCAAUUGGCAUGUUUCUCACCAUUCGAGGAGUGGAUAGGAUAGAUGAGAACUACAGGCUUCCUACCUGUAAAGGAUUCUUCAAUAUUUAUCACCCGCUUGAUCCAGUGGCUUAUAGAUUAGAGCCUAUGAUUGUUCCAGAUCUGGACCUGAAAGCAGUUCUCAUUCCCCAUCACAAAGGCAGAAAAAGACUUCAUUUAGAGUUGAAAGACAGUCUCUCUCGAAUGGGAUCGGAUCUGAAGCAGGGCUUCAUUAGCUCCCUGAAAAGCGCUUGGCAGACGUUGAACGAGUUUGCUCGCGCUCACACCUCUUCAGCUCAGCUCCAGGAGGAACUGGAAAAAGUGGCCAAUCAGAUCAAAGAAGAAGAAGAAAAGCAAGUGGUUGAAGACUUUCUCAUCUUUCCAGAGAGUCGGGAUAGACGUCACAUUGCUGAGAAAGCCCUCAGAGGACAUUCCCCGUUUGCUCCCGUGACGGCUGCCAGAAGAGGUUCAUCAGCGUUUGCUCAGCGUUUCUCACCCGCGGGAAGCCAUUUAAAAGAAGACGUCCGGAACAAAGACAAUGAAGAAAAUCAACACCACGUGUGGACAGUGUAGAUAAGGAAAUGUAAUUUUAAAAAUGAUGCAGUUAAAAAUUCCUCAGAUCAGUUUAGUUGUAUAGCCGUCAGAGUCACGCGUGGUAUCAGUGAAGAAAUACGUGUAGCAUGCAGAUGGUUAUUUCCGUUUCUUAAAAACUCAUUGUCAAAGGGCCAUUAAACUUGCGUUUCUAAAUUAAUGUAGUACGCUCUUUGAUUCAAGUAUGUAUGGACUUCUUGAGACACUGUAGUAAUAAUGAUUUUCCAAAAAUUUAUGUUCUACUUUAAAUGUGACGUGUAGUUUCCAGCUGCUUUGAUGCGGGGUCAUUUGGGUCUGAGAGGAAGUAACCAAGAUCACUUCUAUUCCGAGUGGAAUCUGAGGCCUCGUGAAGCCUUCCAAGCCCUCGCCGGGAGCGUGCCUGUUGGGAAGGGGUCACUCCUUUGGCAGAGAGGGCCUCGCGCGGCUGUGGGGAGCAAAGGGGGGCUUUCCGGCCUGUCACCUGACCUAGCUGUGCAGUCGCCUCAGUGCUGAACUUUCAAUUAUUAUGAGAACCAAAGUAGAGUUUUUAGGUUUCGGUUUUUUUGGGGGGGGGGUUUGCUUUGUAUUAAUUUCACGUAAACCAAAGUUUUUCAAGGUAUGAAAUGUAUUGCUCCUGGACUAUAAACCUACUUCCUGGAAAGACUGUUCUGUAAUAUUUCACUUUGUUUUACUAUGACUUCAAAAUCAAAUGAUCUUAAAUAUUUUCCUAAUACUACAUGGGAAUGCUGAUUUUUCUUCUUUUGUUACGCGGUAGAAGCAUUUUACACUGUUUACAUAGUUCUCAUGGAACAUAGACUUUUUUGAAAGCAACAUAAUGAUACACUUUUUUUGUGUAUGUAUUCUAAUUAGUGUCAAUAAAACAGUAACUGCAUUUUUUAAAAGCA